UAUGAUGCAGCGACGCACAACUCUGAAGACUUAAAUACAAGAAGAAUCCCUUUUUUUCCGAGGAGGAUUAACUGUGUUUUCUAUGAAAACGAACGUGGUUAGUGUCACCUUUGAGUUUGUUCUACCGUCAGCUGGCUGUGUUUGUGGCUGCUGUGUGCACUCAACCUUCGGAUGCUAGUUGUAGCUAAGUGGUAGCUAAGUAGGAUCACAACCUUGUCCUGUCCGUCAGCACACACACGCUGAGUGUGUACUUCCCUGCUGACUGGUGCCAGCUUUAAACACGUUCCUGGUUCUUUUCACUUUGUCGUAGUUGAUAUCAUGUGUGUUAGUGAGUGUCAGGACACAGGCUGACAGCUCACGGUAACGUCAUGCACUUCAUGCUGUCCUGUCCUGGGUGGUUGUGACUAGACAUGAGCGUCUCCUGACAUCAACAUGGACUCAGCAGAAGUGCGUCCAUAACUUCACGAAGAGCUUCAACUGUUGUGUUUGGCGACAUUGAACAGCUACAACCUUAAGGGUUGUGCUUGUCAUUGUCACAAUCCCCCCCCCCCUCACCUCUGGGUAGCCCUCAUCACCCCUGAGCCAUCAGGAUGUUGGAGGGCCUUGUUGCCUGGGUGCUAAACACAUAUCUGGGAAAAUAUGUCACCAACCUGAACACAGACCAGCUCUCCAUCGCCCUUUUAAAAGGUGCGGUGGAGCUGGAGAACCUCCCUCUGAGGAAAGAUGCCCUGCGAGAAUUUGACCUGCCGUUUGAAGUCAAAGCAGGCUUCAUCGGAAAGAUUACUCUCCAGAUCCCUUUUUACCGACCUCACAGUGACCCAUGGGUCAUUUCCAUGUCCCAGCUCAACCUGAUCAUCGGUCCCGCCCAGUCGCAGGAGUAUGACGGGGAGAAGGAGAGAGAGGAGGAGAUGGAGCGCAAAAAACGCCUCCUCAAGGCUCUAGAAGACAAAUUCAAAAGUGAGUGUGAACAGAGGGGAGAGUCUUACUGGUACUCAGUCACUGCCUCAGUGGUUACCAGGAUUGUGGAAAACAUCGAGCUGAAUAUCCAAGAUGUGCACCUGAGAUUUGAGGAUGACUUCUCCAACCCAGAGAAACCCUUUUCGUUUGGUGUGUGCAUCUACAACGUCUCUGCUCAGAACCCCUCCAAAGAGGCGGUCCAGAAGCUCCUCCGGCAGAAGCAGCUAGAGAUUGAAGAUUUCAGCGUCUACUGGGACACAGAGUGUGAAAUGCUGGGAAAACUCCCUGUAAAUCAGAUCCAGGAGGCGAUGACCCAGUGCAUGCAGAGCCGGGAGCAUCAGUACAUCUUUGAACCAGUGUGUGCCUCAGUACUGCUCAGAAGAAACGCCUCCAAGGAGCCCCUGAGGUCCAGACACACGCCCCGCAUCGAAGGCCAAGUUCAGCUGGAACCCAUGUCCUUACGCCUGUCACAGGUCCAGUACGAGCAGAUCACAGCCUUCCUCAAAGAGCUGGACCGCCGGGAGAGGGAGAUGCUUUACCGAAAGUGGAGACCCAAAGUUCCUGUUACUGGGCACUGCCGACAGUGGUGGAUGUUUGCCAUUGAGGCCAACCUAAAUGAGAUUAGGGAGCAGCGGAGGCGGGGCAGCUGGGAUUUCGCCUUGAAGCGAGCACGAGAUGCCCAGACCUACACCAGCCUGUACUUCAGAACUCUCAAAGGAGUCCCACUGAGUCCUCAGGAGGAGUGCGAACUGGAGCGAGUGGAAGAGGAGCAAACGUUGGAAGAGGUGCAGAGUCUGAGAGAAAUUGUCCACGACUGGUUUCGAAAGCAGGAAGAGAUCGCAGAGUAUGUGCGAGAGCCCAGCAGUGACCCACCACCCUGUUCACCCACCACAUCCAUCCCCAAGAGCGGGAGCUCUGGAAUGAUCCAGUACCUGCAGUCUUGGUUCCCGGGCUGGGGUGGCUGGUAUGGAGAUUCCCAGGACCCAGAUAGGGUCCCAGAGGAGCUCCUUCCCAGUCCGUCCUCCUGGGAUAUUCUGGCAGAGACAGAAGACUUGUUCGACCCGUUGGAGGACUCUCACACUCUCAACACGUUCACCAGGCGAGAUCACCUGUUCGCCCGGCUGGAGUUCUUACUGGAGAAGGGCGGAGUCACUCUCUUCCACCAGGAUCGGAGGGGAGACACAGUGCAUGAGAGUGGGGUCAUCCAGCUGGAAUUUUCAGGGGUGAAGGUGAUUUUGGAGUCUUUACCUCGUUCUGAGUCGUCCCUGCUGUCUGUUAAGCUGGGUGGUUUGUUCCUGAGAGACUUGACCACUCAAGGCACCAUCUUCCCUGUUCUGGUAUCUCCCAAAACGGACAAAGUUGUUGUUACCACUCAUCAAGCGUCUGGGCAGUCCGGUAACUCUGGAUCCACUGCAGAGAGCUCGUCACCGCCAGUGUUUGAAAUGAUUUAUGAGCGUAACCCUGUGAGGUGUAAAUUUGAGAGAAGACUGGAAGUGAACACGAGUCCACUGAACAUCAUCUAUAACCCACAAGCAAUCAAAAAAGUGACGGAAUUCUUCUAUAAAGGAAGAGUUCACACCUCAGGUUUUGGCUAUCAGUCAGAGUUGGAGUUGAGAGUGGCAGAGGCUGCCAGGAGGCAGUACAACAAAUUGAAAAUGCAGACCAAGGCAGAGAUCCGACAAACUAUUGAUCAGCUUCUCGUGGGAGAAUUUAUUGAAAACAGCAAGCGUUGGACCAUGAAACUGGACAUCUGUGCACCCCAGGUGAUCUUUCCUGAUGACUUCCAGUCAGGAGACCCGAUGUUAGUUGUCAUUGAUUUAGGCAGGAUUCUUCUCACAAACUCUCAAGAUGACUGUAAGGCCAGCUCAAAAGUUACUCAACCUGAAAGGGAAGACAUGAGUGAUGAUGAAUACCAGACGCCACUUGCCACUCCGCCAGAUUCUCCACCUCCUGAGCUAGACCUGCCUUCGAAAGAACGGCUCAAAAGCCAUGAACUUCCCAACCUCAGAUCCCCUGAAAGUACAGAGGCCUACAGGAAAAAGCUUUAUGAAAAAUACUCCUUGUCUUUUAAGGACCUACAGAUAAUGGUUGGUCGCUAUAAGGACAACUGGAAGCAUCUUCAAGAGAGUGAAGUUGGGCCUACGCAUGUGGUGGAGAAGUUUAAUGUGCUGCUGCAACUAGAGCAAAGACUGCGUUACACGUCAGACCCCCAACUCCCUGGGGCUGUGCUGUCAGGAACACUACCAGACCUCAAGGUUCAUAUCAACCUUGAGAAGAUGACUGCCCUUAGGAGUUGUCUAGCAAGGCUAAGCAGUCCAGAUGUGAGUGAAGGAGACAAAAGCCUGGGGAAAGACGCAAAUAUAAGGUCUCCUGACCCUCUCACCCUCCGCCAUGACAAGAUCUUUCAAAGGGAGGACAGCUCUUGGAAGCUGCAAGGUUCAGCCAAGAACCUGACACAGAGCGUGAUGACUUUAGAGCAGCACACACGUGAAGUCCUGGUGGAAUCCCGUCUACUGUUAGCUGAAUUCAACAUUAACUACAUGCAGCUCGGCGUGGAGAGUGACGGCCGCUACAUAUCUGUUCUCAAGGUAUUUGGCACAAAUGCUCAUUUCGUCAAGCGGCCUUAUGAUGCUGAAGUCUCGCUGACUGUCCAUGGUCUUCUGCUGGUGGACACCUUGCAGACCUAUGGCUCAGACUUCGACCUCCUCGUGGCCUCUCAUAAACAUCUUAGUUUUGACAUACCCACGGGCAGCCUCCGAGAGAGCCAGCCAUCUUCCCCUACGUCACCUGAUGGCAGAUCUCCUGAGCAUCAGGGCCACCAUACUGAGUCAUACACUGGUAUGCCGAUGGAUAGAUUAUCUCCCCUCAGUUCCUAUCUUAAAGACCAGGAGGCCCUAAUUAGGCUUGAGUACCAGUUUGUGAGCUCAGAUUGCCCCUCUAUGAACCUGGACAGCUCCCUUCAGGUUACAAGCAUGCAGGUCAAUAAUCUGGACAUUAUUCUCAACCCUGAGACCAUGGUGGAGCUACUCAAGUUCCUCCAGAAGUCUUUCCCCAAAGAAGAAAGCACCUGGGCAUCAUCAGCACAACAACAUACAACUCAGCCUGACAGUGAGGAAGAGGGAGAGACAUUUCAGGCCACUUACGACCAGAACAAAGAGCUAACUGUGGAGAUCCACCGCCUUAACCUGCUUCUUCUUCGGACUGUGUCCACUGGCACUGUCCUGGGUGCUGAGAAGAAAGGGUUGAAGAUUGCCACUGCCAGUAUCACUGGUACCAAGGUCAAUGUGUCCAUGGGCAGUCGGUUGGACAUCAAUGGAUCACUCGGAGCUAUGCAGUUGGUGGACUUGACCCAGGAAGGAGGCCGAAGCCAGUUUGUGGUCAGCAUUGGAAAUGUAGAGGACAGCUCCUCAACUCUUCGAGGAUUGACGUUCCUUUCUGACACAGGGGAUUCUCCCUCAGAAGCUUUAAAUUUCCGCCUUUUGGAGAAGACACAGGGGGAGUGUUCCUUGACACUACAAAUGGCAUCCUUGCACUACAACCACUCAGCCAAAUUCCUGAAGGAACUGAGUCUGUCUGCCAAUGAGGUAGAAGACAAUUUCCGCUCCAUGUUGAAAAGUGCUGCCACCAAAGUGUCAACAGUUCUAGCCACCAAGACUGCAGAAUACAGUGGUAUGGUUUCACUCUUUGAAACUCCCUCACGCAGAAGUCGAACUCAGAGUCAGAGCUGGGCUUAUACAUUUGAGGAUGAAGAGGACAUUCCCAUGGAGGAACCCGAAUCCACUUUAGACACAUUCUUGGUGAAGCUGACUCUUGAUAUUAGCAUUGAGUCACCAGUUGUGUCCAUCCCACGUAAACCUGGACACCCUGAGCUAUUGGUGGGACAUUUGGGGAGCAUAAAAAUCCACAAUUUUGAUACUGGGCAAGACUCUGAAGGAGAGAGGCUGCAGGUCUUGGUAAAGGAUAUCCGUCUGUACUCACUCAACUUGAGCCAUUUGGUUUUGAAGAAGGCACCUAAAGGCGAUAACGCUGGAAACAUGUCACCAUCCCACAAUGGGAACAUCAAUCAGGAUGAACCACAGUUAACACGUCAUGACUUUUUUGAAUCCCUCAGCCGGGGAAAAGCCUUCCAUAUACUGAAAGACACCACCAUACAGUUCACCCUGGAGAAAGUUCCCAUUGAUGAAGAUAAUCAGUUUAUCUUCCUGACCACCGAGGAGACCUGCAAGAGCACAGGCCUACUGAGAAUUGAGGGAAAAUUUGUCAACCCUGUUCAGGUGUUCCUGUGCAAGCCCGUGUAUGAACAAGUACUCCAGACACUGGACAAUUUGUCCCUGAUUGAGGAGCAACGGGCCACACCCAGCCAACCACCUACACCCCCACCACCAACUCCUUCCUCGACCAGACCACACCGCUUUCCUGACCCCCAGGGAGGGCUGUUUGCAAGGGACCCUCCCCAUAUCAGCUUCUCCCACUCAUCACUCUCCUCACCUUCGCCUCUGCAAGCUCACAAACCUGCUGUUGAGUCUUCUUCAUUCACUCAGCUGAAAAUCACCUUACACGUGGCAGAAUUGCAGGUCCAGCUCAGUGCUGACCUGACCCAGGGGUCCCAGGGCUUAGUCAGUCUGCGCUUCCAAGACCUGGAGGGAGACUUUACCAAAGACCAUCCGCACUUACUGGCAGUCCAGUUGGCUCUUCGCUCGCUGCUCAUGGAAGACCUCCUGGAGCCGAACCCUGAGUCAAAAUACAAACAUCUGAUGGUGUCCCGUGGAGCUCCUAAGCCCUCCACCUUUAGUCCAAAGGAGUACCUUUCCCAAAGCUGUCCAUCAGCAUCCAAUGCCUUGUACCCAGAGAUGCCCCGCUCACUGCCUGCCCACGUAGAGGAGGCCAAGAAUGUCUUCCAGCUCUACCAGAGGCAUCCAAGCACGCCUUCAGCUAGCAGUCGCAAAUCCAAGAAAGACCCGGACUGUCCCAGCACUCCACCACCCUCCCCUACCCACCAUACACCAUCCUCUCAGCCUCCACCAGACUUUGAUGAAUCAUUAGUUCAUAUCAAUGUGUUGCUUGUGGACCAGAACCACCCAGAGUUCAAAACACGCUACGGCAGUGUGGGACGAAGUGUGGAUGUUGACUUUAACUGCCUGGACGUUUUAAUCACACUACAGACCUGGGUGGUUAUCCUUGAUUUCUUUGGUAUUGGCUCUACAGCCAAUAAUCAUGCAGUGAAGCUGCCAACUAUGUCACCUCAACCUGUGCCAGGACAUCCUCUGUAUGAGGAGGAGGCAACGGAUGUCGUCAACACUAAAGUGGACCUUAAGGUUCAUUCAUUGUCUCUUAUACUAAACAAGAAAGUCAAUGAACUUGCGAGGGCUAGUGUGUCCAAAUUAUCAGCUCAUCUGGAAAUGUUGGAUGGUAACCUGGCAUUGCAAGGCAGUUUAGGAAGUUUGUCCCUGAGUGACCUGACCCCACAUGGGGAUCUCUAUCGCGAGCGCUUCACCACACGAGGAGGGGAGGCCCUCAAUUUCAACAUCCAUAGAUAUGGCCAGCCUGAUCCUUACCUGGAGAGGGAAUAUGACAUCAAGGUGUCCCUGCAGAUGGCCUCAGUGCAGUAUGUCCAUACCCAACGCUUCCAGGCUGAGGUGGUGGCCUUCAUUCAACACUUCACCCAGCUACAGGAUGUCCUAGGCAGGCAGAGGGCUGCAAUGGAGGGCCAAGCUGUGCGGGACCAUCCUCAGCGGGCGUCAAGGGUUCUGCUGGAUAUCCAGGCAGGCGCCCCGGUUAUUCUCAUCCCGGAAAGCUCACGUUCACCAAGGGUCAUUGUGGCGAACCUCGGCCAGCUGAGAGUGCAGAACUGCUUCUUGCCUGCUGGGGCUCAUGGAACCUUCUCUCUGCAAGACAAGGAGCGUGUGCGGAAUGCAGCUGGGAAGAAUAGUGAGCAGGAGAAGCCUAGGACCUCUGCCUCCAGCUCCAGCUCCUCGACAGGGUUCACCCUUGGUAGACCGCAGGCCCCAGACACAGGGAGGGCCCCUGAAGAGGAUGGCCCUCACAGCUUAGAAGACCAUGUGUGUCUGUUGGACUGCAUUGCUCUGGACCUACAGGAGAUGGAUAUUUUUGCUGCAGAGCGUCUACCCUGUCAACCCUGGGAGAGUGUCAGUAACCCUCCUGAAUCCUCCGACCUCAUCUUCCCUUCGUAUUCUGUCCGUCGCACCGGAGCCAACCUGCUGAAAGACUGCUGCCGCCUUAAGCUGAAAGUGGAACGCAACCUGGACAAUCAGCUGAGCCAUGCAGUGCCUGACAUGUCAAUACAUGGCAGCCUGUCGUCAGUCCACUGCUGUCUGAACCUGGAGCACUACCAGCUGAUCAGAGGGCUGCUGGAGAACAACUUGGGAGAGCCUAUUGAAGAAUUCCUGCGACCCUACAACCUGCAGGACCCUAGCACCUAUACGGUGUUAAGUGGGGAUGUCUACACCAACUUGACAUUCCUGGUGGACAUGAUGGACGUCAGUCUGGAGCUCCUGGACAAUCCCAAAGCCAGUGAACACAAACACUCACUAGCAAGGUUUGACUUCAUGAAAUCCAAGUUGCUCUUUGAGAGUUUCUCCAAUGGAUCAAAGUCUGUCAACCUGGUGUCUCACUCGCUGCUAGCAUAUGACACUAGGCCGAAUAAAAGCACCGGUCGAGCCGACGGGGUCAGGCGCAAUGUCUUCGACUGCAUCCUCCAGCCCUCCAAAACUGGCACAAACCGGGCAUCACUGCAGCUGGAACUGCAUUACAGAUCCACGCGUGACUCCUCCUGCUUCACCAUGGUCCUCAACAACCUGAGGGUCUUUCUCAUCUUCGACUGGCUUCAGCUGGUGCGUGACUUCCUGCGUAUGCCGGUGGAGAAGCCAUCGGGCGGCGCAGAGACUCGUGAGCACUGGCCCAGUAAUACCAGCACUGACUCGGGCUCUGGUGCUACCGCCACCACCACCACCACCACCACCACCACCAUGCCAAAAACAGUCAAGAGCGGCGUAGUCACCAAGAGGUCCACAGUGCCGGUGACGCAGGAGCGCUACCUCGAGGUCAAGAUCAACGUCACAGGCACAGAAUUUGUGGUUGUGGAGGACUCAUCGUGUCUGGAUACCAACGCCAUCAUUCUAAAAGGCACCACGGUCCUCACCUACAAACCGCGUCUGCUGGACAGGCCCUUCUCUGGCAGCCUCGCUGGAAUAGAGGUGUUCUCGUGUCGCCUGGGCAGCGAGCAGGAGACGGCGCUGUCCAUCAUCGACCCGGUCAAUGUUCAGGUUGAGCUGUGUGGCAGCCCCACAUACCAGAGCAGCUCAGGUCUACUGGACGCCUUCAAUGUGGAGGACAUCCCACCACUGCUGGAGAUCCAGUUUCCUGCUCUGGAUAUCCGGCUGUCCUACAACGACAUUCAGCUCUUCUUGGCCAUAGCAAAGUCCAUCCCUACAGCCAGUACUCCACUGCCGCCUGACUCUGACGCCUCUGCACCCAGUGCUGAGCCGGCCCCUACAGCUAAAGAGAGCUUCAGGCAGAAGACUCAGGCCCUCAUAGAGGGGCAGCUGACACAUUUGCAAGAACUUGGUUUCAAGAAAGAUGACUGCAAAAGAGCCCUCAUCCACUGUAAAGGCCAGCUGGACCAGGCUGCCACAUGGCUGCUGGAAAAUGCUGAGAACAUAGCGGGCCACCCGAGAGCAAGAAGUGACUCUGGCUCCAGCAGCCACUCAGCUCCUCUGUCUGGAGUAGAGGUGAAGGCAGAGAGCGUCUGCAUCUGUUUCAUUGAUGAUUGUAUGGACUGUGACAUACCACUGGCUGAGCUCACCUUCUCCAGGCUGUAUGUGCUACAGCGCAUUGGUUCUACCCAGGAAGGCAACGCCAGUUUCACUCUGUCUGGAGACUACUACAACAGAGAGCUGUCAGGCUGGGAGCCCUUCAUAGAACCCUGGCCCUGCUUCCUGUCCUGGCAGCAGCAGGCCGCCGGCCGUCUCCACCCUCCACGUCUCAAGAUGGGAAUAAGAGCCAAGCAGAGACUGGACAUCAACAUCACCUCUGUCCUGCUGGAACAGUACAACACUACCAAGAGCUCCUGGAUGGCUGACUACUGCAAUGAGGAGGAACAGAACUCCCAGUCUCCACCCCCUCUGCCCUGGGUGGGCUCCUCAGUCGACCCACCCAGCUUUGUACAGACAGACGUCAAGCUGUCCAAGAGAAGGCAGCCAUUUGUGCCGUACGCUCUGCGCAACCAUACAGGAUGUACCAUGUGGUUCGCCACUCUGACUACGACACCCACAAGGGUGGCGCUGUCUCACAGCAGCAGUGCAGAUUCCAUCUCAGAAGUCCACGGUCCAGGAACUGAUGACACCCACAAUGUCAGCCAGUGGAGAGAGGUGCUACCUGGGGAGGAGAUUCCUUUUGAGUUUGAAGCUCGAGAGAAACUUCGACACCGACACACUCAUGAGUUGAAGCUGCACCAGCUGCUUGUUCGAGUGUGUGGAUGGGAGCAAGUUAAGCCGGUGUCUGUGGACAAAGUGGGCAUUUUCUUCCGUUAUGCGGCUCCAGACAAAAACAGCUCCUCCAACACUGUUGGCAGUCCCAUCAGCAGGACCAACAUCAUCCACCCACAUGUCUAUUUCUCGGCCCUGCCUCCAGUCAGAGUGGUCUUCUCCAUCACAAUGGAGGGCAGCGCCAGGAAGGUCAUCACGGUCCGCUCUGCCCUCAUAGUGAAAAACCGGCUAGAUGUUCCUAUGGAGGUCAGGCUUGACAGCCCCUCUGCUCCUGACAAACCAGUGGUGCUGCCUCCCAUCCUGCCUGGCCAGGCCUUGGCAGUCCCCCUCCACUUGACGUCCUGGCGCCUGCAGGCUCGACCCAAAGGCCUGGGCUUGUUCUUCUGUAAGGUUCCCAUCCACUGGACCACUGUGGAGCGGCCUGGAGAGAUCAGCAGCAGUAAGAGGGAGUGUCAGUCAGCAGACUUUGAUGACAGCCUCAAGCGUAACUUCAGGUUUUGUGUGGUCAUCAGAAAGGAGAACUACCCAGACCAGCAGCCUGCCAAGAAGGUUUCCGGCAGUGCGAAGCAGAUCUAUCGACAGCCGGGCCACACCAUCUACCUGCUGCCCACCAUGGUGCUGGCCAACCUGCUGCCCUGUGAAAUCAACUUCUACAUCAAGGGAACAUCCAUCAAAGGCUCACUGAAGCCGGGAAAAGAGGCCGUGCUUCACGCUGCAGACACCUCGCAAAAUAUGGAGCUAGGAGUCCUGCUGGAGAACUUCGCCAUGUGCAAAGAGCUGCUAAUUCCUCCUGGAACUCAGAACUAUGUGGUGCGCAUGAGGCUGUAUGACACCAACAAGCGCCUGCUUUGCCUCACCAUCCGCAUCAUCCUGCGAGCACAGGGGGCACUAAAGAUCUUGAUUUCUGCCCCCUACUGGCUCAUCAACAAGACUGGUCUGCCGUUAAUCUUCCGUCAGGACAACGGCAAAACUGAUGCAGCGGGCCAGUUUGAGGAGCAUGAGUUAGCCAGAAGCCUCAGUCCAUUACUGUUCUGCUACACUGACAAGGAGCAGCCUGCUAUGUGUACUAUGCGGAUUGGGAAAGGGAUCCACCCAGAUGGAGUUCCAGGCUGGUGCCAGGGCUUCUCCCUGGAUGGAGGGAGUGGAGUCAGAGCAGUGAAGGUUAUCCAGCACGGGAAUAGGCCCGGCCUCAUCUACAACAUAGGCAUUAGUGUGCGGAAAGGAAAAGGACGCUACAGAGACACUCACAUCGUGACCUUCGCCCCACGCUACCUCCUGGACAAUCGCUCUACACACAAACUGGCCUUCGCUCAGAGAGAGUUUGCAAGAGGAAAGGGUACGGUCAAUCCAGAGGGCUACAUCUCCACCCUGCCGGGCUCCAGCGUGGUCUUCCACUGGCCCCGCAACGACUAUGACCAGCUGCUGUGUGUGCGCCUCAUGGACACGCCCAACUGCACCUGGUCUGGAGGCUUCGAGGUCAACAAACCCAAGUCCUUCCAUGUCAACAUGAGGGACACUCUGGGGAACUGUUUCUUCCUGCGGACAGAGAUCACCCUGAAGGGAGCUACCUACCAGAUCUCCUUCACCGACACCGACCAGCUGCCUCCACCGUUCCGCAUCGACAACAUCUCUGAGGUGCCUAUCCAGUUCUGGCAGCACGGGGUUGCUGACAUCCGACUGCACACCGAGGUGAAGGACGGCUCAGUACUGGACUACGCCUGCGAUGAGCCCACGCUGCCCCCCUACCUCACUCUGACCGUGAAGGGAGCGGGAUCUUCAGAGGUCACGUCCGACAUGAACUUCUUCAGAGAAUACAACAAGCUCUACUACGAGAACUUCAUCUACAUCGCAGCCACACACACCUUCUCACAGAAUGUUGAGAAGAGGUCUGUUGGGAAGAAGCAUCUGGUGAGAUGUGCUGAACUGGUUCUCGAUGUGGACACAAAGACCCAGAGGGUCAUCCUGAAAAAGAAGGAGCCGGGGAAACGCUCCCAGCUGUGGAGGAUGACGGGGACCGGCAUGCUGUGUCAUGAAGGCUCCUCUCCACCGCAGAGCAAGCCGGCCCAGCCGCGUCCACUGGACUCCUCUCUGGUGCUGGACAUCGCCGGGCUCGCAGCCGUCAGUGACAACAGUUUUGAGCCGUUAAUGCUGAGGAGGCCAGACUCUCGCCGCAGCACCACCCAGACUUGGUACUUCAGCUCAGGCAUGCUGACCUGCGGCCUUCCUCGCCUGGUAGUACAGGUGAAGUGCGGGGUAACAGGUCUUUACGAUGGAGCAGAGGUGGUGUUGGGACCAGACUCUGGGCUGAACGAGCCCGGUCCUGAGCAGCAGUUCAUUAACCAGAAGAUGAGACCUGGUUCUGGGGUGCUGUCAGUCCAGGUGCUGCCAGACGGCCCCACACGAGUCUUACAGAUCAGUGACUUCAACCAGAGGAGAAUGAUCCGGAGCUCACCCAGCACAGAGCAGGACAGAACCAAAGAGGAUGUGAAGAAGAAAGAGCCUGAGCAGGAACUGGAGGUGUUGGUGAACUUGGAGGAAGGUGUGGGUGUGUCUCUGGUCAACAAGGUUCCUGAGGAGCUUGUGUUCACUACACUGUCUGGUAUAGAUGUCCACUUCACCCGCACUGCUGCCAAUGAGGUGUUGGAGCUCAGCAUCCAGAGCAUCCAGGUGGACAACCAGCUGCUGGGUACCACGCAGCCUGUGAUGCUGUGUGUGACUCCCAGCUCCACUGAGAGCGGUGUUAACGACAGCGGUCCAGCCCUGCAGGUCAACUCUGUCAAAGUUCCAAGCAACCUCAUGCUCACCGAUCUAUUCAAGCAUCUCAUGGUGACGGCUCGACGCUUCACCGUCAUCAUCGAGGAGAAGCUGCUGCUCAAGCUGCUCAGCUUCUUUGGAUACGGACAGACAGAAGAACUGGAGAAGCUGGAUGAAAACCUCCAUGAGAGACCCAAUGAGGAUUUAGGACCUCUGAAACGCUACUACUUUGAGAACCUGAAGAUCAGCCUCCCCCAGGUCAAGCUCAGUGUCUUCACAUCUCACAAGCUGCCUAUGGAUCUCAAGGCUCUGAAAGGAACUCUGGGCUUUCCUCUGGUCCGCUUUGAGGACGCUGUCGUCAACAUGUACCCGUUCACCAGAGUGCACCCCUACGAGACCCAGGAGAUCAUCAUCAAUGACAUUCUCAAGCACUUCAGAGAGGAGCUGAUGAGUCAGGCAGCUCAGAUCCUGGGCUCUGUAGACUUCCUGGGAAACCCAAUGGGCCUCCUGAACGACGUCACCGAGGGCGUGUCGGAGCUCAUCAAGUACGGCAAUGUAGGCGGCCUCAUACGCAACGUGACCCACGGCGUGUCCAACUCUGCUGCCAAGUUUGCAGGGACUCUAUCAGAUGGACUGGGGAAGACUAUGGAUAACAGACACCAGAGUGAGAGAGAGUACAUCAGAUACCACGGAGCCACCAGCGGAGAACACCUGGUAGCAGGCAUCCAUGGACUGGCUCAUGGUAUCAUCGGAGGCAUGACGAGCAUCAUCACCUCCACAGUGGAGGGGGUGAAGACGGAGGGCGGGGUCAGCGGCUUCUUCUCAGGACUGGGUAAAGGUCUGGUCGGCACCGUGACCAAACCAGUGGCCGGAGCUCUGGAUUUUGCCUCAGAAACGGCACAGACGGUGCGGGACAUGGCCAGUCUCAGUAAUCACAGGCUGAGCGUGCAGCGCGUCAGGAAGCCUCGCUGCUGUAAAGGACCUCAGGGUCUGCUGCCUCGACACUCGUCCACACAGGCCGACGGUCAGGAGCAGCUCUUCCGCCUCACUGACAACAUCCACUCUGAGUUCUUCAUUGCAGUGGAGCUCAUUGACAGUUACUGCGUGCUCAUCUCCUCCAAAGUGGUUUACUUCCUGAAGCCCGGGGACUUCGUCGACCGGGAGGCCAUCUUCCUGGAGGUCAAGUAUGAUGACCUCUACCACUGCCUGGUCUCUAAGGAUCAUGGGAAGGUGUACGUGCAGCUCACCAAGAAGGCUGAAAGCACCAGUAGUGGUGUGGCCAUGCCCGGCCCCUCCCACCAGAAACCCAUGGUCCACGUGAAGAGCGAGAAUCUGGCCAUCAAAAUCUCCCAAGAAAUCAACUACGCCAAGAGUCUGUACUACGAGCAGCAGCUCAUGUUGCCCGCCAGCGACAACGAAGACUGCCUACUGCUGGAGUCCUGAUCACAUGACUCCUCUUGUUCCACAUAAAGUGUAAAAA